AUGGCCGCUGAUAUUCCCAAAGUUGUGCCAUUGACAUGCCAUGGACAUUCCCGUCCUGUGCCGCACAUCAACUUCUCCUCCACAGUUGAGGAUGACCAGUACUACCUCAUCUCCGCAUGCAAAGAUAACAAUCCCAUGCUGCGCGAUGGUAUUACUGGUGACUGGAUUGGAACCUUCCUGGGUCAUAAAGGCGCAGUCUGGCAGGCACGUCUCUCCACUGACGCCACCAUCGCCGCAACUGCCGCGGCCGACUUCUCCGCCAAAGUAUGGGAUACUCACACGGGCGAAUGCCUGCACACGCUCCAGCACUCGCACAUUUGCCGAGCCGUAGCAUUCCCCAUGCAGCCCUCGCCCCGCGUCCUAGCCACGGGCGGUUACGAGAAGAAGCUGCGGAUUUUCGACCUCACGCGCAGCAGUAGCAGCAGCGGCGGCGGCGGUGGCAGCAACGGCUCGUCGCCAACGCUCGCCACGGGCCCCUCCACCCCCGCCGAGGGCACGCAGCCAUCCACCGUGACGAGCUACGAGAUCGGACCCGGCGUGCACGGCGGCACCAUCAAAUCCAUCGUCUGGAACCAAGACUACAACAUCCUCACCACGGCAGCGGAGGACCGCAAGAUCCGGUGGUGGGACCUCCGCUCCCGCCACCCUGUGGUCGAGUACACGGUCAACGGGCCCAUCGGCAGCUGCGAACUCAACACCCUGGCCGUGCGGCCCAACGACGCGGGCAUCCUGACCGUCGCCGCCGGCAAGUCCGUCUACCUCUUCGACGGCCUCAACCCCGGCCGCCUCCUCAAGAAGAUGGACUUCCGAUACGAGGUCGCCAGCGCGGCCGUCAACAACGAAACCAGUCGCCUGGUCACCGGCAGUGCCGAUGAUACUUGGGCUCGGGUGUAUGACCUGCUCACCGGAGAAGAACUCGAAGUCCAAAAAGGCCACCACGGCCCCAUCUGGUCCGUAAGCUUCUCGCCCGAUGGCAAGCUCUACGGCACCGGAAGCGAAGAUGGAACCAUCAAACUCUGGAAAGCAUGCAGGGAACCCUACGGUCUUUGGCGGUGA